AGCUUCAUUUUCAUCAACACUAUGGAUUCAGACACAGUCACAGCAGAUAUCAGCCUCUCCUCUUUCGUAUACGCUCUUCUUCUGCUACCAUUUUUGCUCAUUCUCAAGCAUAUUUUCUUGAAACCUCCACCACUUCCACCGGGUCCAUAUCCAUGGCCUAUCAUCGGAAACCUCCUCCAACUGGGGAAGAACCCUCAUGUCAAACUCGCCAGCCUCGCCAAACUCCAUGGCCCACUCAUGUCUCUACGCCUCGGUACACAGCUGAUGGUGGUGGCAUCCUCGCCUGCAGCAGCACUUGAAGUACUCAAGACCCAUGACCGGACACUCUCUGGCCGGUACGUAAGUAGUUCACUAUCAGUCAAGGACCCUAAACUUAACCAUUUGUCACUAGCGUUUGCCAAGGAGUGCACCAACAACUGGAAGAAUCUAAGAACCAUUUGCCGGACGGAGAUGUUUUCAGGCAAAGCAAUGGAGUCUCAUGUGGAGUUGAGGGAGAGGAAGGUGAUGGAGUUGGUGGAGUUUUUGGCAACAAAGGAAGGUGAAGUGGUCAAGGUUAUGGAUCUAGUGUUUACUACUAUUUGUAAUAUACUGAGCAAUACGUUUUUUUCAAUGGACCUUUGUGAUUUUGAGCGUGAGGGUUUGAAGGAUUUCAUCUAUAGAGCUGCAGAGUUGGGGGCUACUCCAAAUCUAUCAGACUUUUAUCCUAUAUUGGACGGAUUGAAUCUGCACGGUUCUAAGAAGAAAUCCAAGGAGGCGCUGGGGAGGAUUCUCGCUACUUGGGAGGGGACUCUCAAAGAAAGAAGGAAGCAAAAGAAUCCUGGUUCCAGCCAUCGAGACCUCUUGGAGGCUUUUUUAGAAAUUAGGUUUGAAGAUGAUCAGAUCAACCAAGUGAUUCUGGAGCUCUUCAGUGCCGGGGCAGACACUAGCACAUUGACAAUAGAAUGGGCAAUUACACAGCUGAUUAGAAACCCAGAUGUCAUGUAUAAACUUCGAGAUGAACUCACAAAAAUAAUCGGUGAAUCUCCAGUAAGAGAGUCCCAUUUGCCUCAUCUGCCCUAUCUCCAAGCCUGUGUGAAAGAGACCCUGAGAUUGCAUCCUCCAGCACCACUACUCCUUCCUCACCGAGCCAUGGAGACAUGCCAAGUCAUGGGCUACACAAUUCCAAAAGACUCCCAAGUAUUUGUGAACAUUUGGGCUAUGGGGAGAGACCCCAAGGUUUGGGAUGACCCAUUGAGCUUCACACCAGAAAGGUUUCUGGAUUCAAAGUUGGAAUUCAAGGGAAAUGAUUUCGAAUAUAUACCAUUUGGGGCAGGGAGGAGAAUCUGUCCAGGAAUGGCUUUGGGUGCUAGGCAAGUUCCCUUGGUUCUUGCAACGUUGGUCCACUUGUUUGAUUGGUCUCUUCCGGACAAUAUGGACUCCGCCCAAAUAGACAUGGAGGAGUGGUUGGUUAUUACAUUGAGGAAGGAAAAUCCACUGCGCCUUGUUCCUAAGUACUUCAUCAAGAAUUAUGGCCUCUGUGAUCAUGAGGAUGUCGCUCAAACAUCAACUUAUUUUACUGAUUUGAAAUAG